AAACCCCCAAACCAUCACCAAACCUAAUGUAUGGAAUAUUGCAGCUCAAAGUGAGAAAUUCAUUAUCCUUUUCAGCUUCAUUUGUGCAGUUUCUGUGAUAUGUGCAUUGGAAGGGUUUUUUCAUGAAAUGCCCAACACUGGCUUUCUGAAGUCCAUGAAGUGCAAGUCAGUCACUGCUAAACAAAUAUCUCUGCUGCCUCCACCUAGUUUAUAAACACCAAAAGCUGACACUUAAUUGAAUGGAAAUGAAUUUGUACUUGCACCCAGUCCAAAUUCAGGCAGUAUUCUAUCUAGCUAGUAAAAGUCUUUGGAGUUUUUCCAUAGACCCUAAUAGAUUUAGGGAUGCCCACAUGCUAUGGGAUUAUGUGCAAACACUAAUUUUUUAAUUUUUUUUUUUUUUUAAUUUAUAGUGGUCUUGGACACACAUCUGUCCAAAAAGUAUAUGAGAAGCUUAAAUGAAAACACUCAACUGUAAUAUCUGUAUGUUCUGGGAAGAGAAAGUAGGGAAGAAAAUUUGUAUUAAAAAUACAAGUUAUUCCAAAUAACGGUAUGAUGGAAUGGAGGUAGCUCUUCAUCUGAGUCAUGAGCCAAAAUUAGGAACAUAAAAUGCAUUGGAGAGCUGAGCAGAAGAAAUUAUUUAGAGAUGGUCAUGUUAGGUGAAGAGACUGUUUGAUUGUUUACUUAUGUUUCUUCAUUUGGAUGCCAGAUGAGAAAACUAGGUCAUUGGUGACCCAGUGACAUGACAUAGAAACAACAGAGAAUGUUGAGAAUACAGAAAAUGAGUCCUUAAAAAUAGGAGGUUUCUGCUGUGUGUUGGCCACAGAAGAGCCUAAUGGUACAGUUCAGUAGCUGUGGUUAGAAAUUUCCUUUUGCCAGUUAGGAAAUGGCAAAGCUCCUGACAUGAGGCCACACAGCAUGAAAAGAAGAGGGAGGGAGUCCCAAUGAGAGGCAUUCUAAACUAACAAAUCUUUUUCUAUUAUUGUUAUUAAAGUGACAUCAACACCAUCCGUGAAGGCAUCGGAGACAAGAUCAGUAUCUUUCUGCAGUUUUUUUCCACGUUUGUGUCAGGGCUUAUUAUAGGAUUCAUCUAUGGGUGGAAGCUGGCACUGGUGGUUUUGUCAGUCUGCCCACUUCUUGCUGCAUCAGCAGCAUUUUGGUCAACUGUAAGUGCGUGGGGAUUUAUAAACAAAGAAACCAGAUAAACCUUACAACCCCUAUGCACAGAAAAGGGGGAGAGAAUGGGAGAAACCUAGUGUGGUUUCUAAGUUGGGAGGUUGGCCCCACUCUCACUUUGAUUUCUGCUCCUCCUGCAGCUUUUCCCUGGGUUCCCAAGCACACAAUUCUCAUGGCUUCCCUUACUGCUAAAGAGCUGUCUGCUUAUGCCAAAGCAGGAGCUGUGGCAGAAGAAAUUUUGACAGCAAUCAGGACAGUUGUGGCUUUCAAUGGACAGCAGAAGGCAUUAGAGAAGUAUGAUGCAAACCUGGAGAUGGCUAAACGUGUUGGAAUACAAAAAUCAAUUACCACUAACACAUGUCUAGGUCUUUCCCAAUUUUUUAUCUUUGGAUCCUAUGCCCUUGCAUUUUGGUAUGGAACCAAGCUCACUGCUGAGGAUCCACAUUAUGACAUCACCCGUGUGCUAAUUGUGUUCUUCUCUGUGCUUAUUGGAGCUUUCUCCCUGGGCCAGGCAGCUCCUAACCUGGAGUCUGUGGCCAAUGCACGUGGGGCUGCCUAUGAAGUGUAUAAGAUUAUCAAUAAAAAACGGCUCAUAGACAGCAGUUCUAAGGAAGGUUACAAGCCAGACAAACUCAUAGGAGAAAUUGAAUUCAGAAACAUCCAUUUCAGUUACCCUUCUAGACCUGAUGCUAAAAUCCUCAAAGGUCUCAACUUGAAAGUUCAAACUGGGAAGACCAUUGCUUUGGUUGGUGCCAGUGGCUGUGGAAAAAGCACUACUGUUCAGUUGCUGCAGAGAUUCUAUGAUCCUGACCAGGGAGAAAUUACCUUAGAUGGCCGGGAUAUUCGGACCCUCAACACCAAGUGGCUACGAGAAAACAUUGGCAUUGUGAGCCAAGAGCCCGUUUUGUUUGCAACCACAAUAGCUGAGAACAUCCGCUAUGGCAGAGAAGACAUUUCUGAUGCUGAAAUUGAGAGAGCAGCCAAGGAGGCCAAUGCUUUUGACUUUAUAGCCAGACUGCCUGAUAAAUUUAACACCAUGGUGGGUGAAAGAGGGGCUCAGCUGAGUGGAGGACAGAAGCAACGAAUAGCUAUUGCCCGUGCCCUGGCAAGAAAUCCCAAAAUUCUUCUUCUGGAUGAAGCUACAUCUGCAUUAGACACUCAGAGUGAAUCCAUAGUGCAAGCAGCUCUUGAUAAGGCUCGGGCUGGACGUACCACCAUUGUGAUUGCUCACAGACUGUCUACCAUCAGGACUGCUGACACUAUUGCUGGGUUUGAGAAAGGUGUUGUGGUUGAGCAGGGGACACACAGCGAGCUGAUGCUGCAGAAAGGAGUCUACUAUUCCCUUGUAAUGCAGCAGGGUUGUACCAGUGAUGCUCAGGAUGAUGGCACAUCAGAAGAUAGUGAAGGCACAGAAGCUGAGGAAUAUGAGGAAAAAAAUCCUAUGGAAGAGCUGAUUCUUGAAGAUCAUUUUGAAACAUCUGUGAUACCAGGAAGAGGCAGCAUUCGAAGAAGAUCCAGCAGAUAUAAGAGCAAGAGGAGGUCAUCUAAAAAUCCCUUUGGAAAAAAGAAGAAAAAAAAGGAAGUGGAGGAAGAAAAUCUCCCUGCUGUGCCUUACUCAAAAAUCCUGGCUCUGAACAAACCUGAGUGGUUCUAUGUACUGCUGGGAAUGAUUGCUUCUGCUGUCAUAGGUGCAGUCAAUCCUACAUUUGCUGUUAUAUUUGGAAAAAUCAUUGGGGCUUUUCAAGAAAGAGAUCCAGAAAAAAGGACUAAAAACACUGUGGUGCUUUCUUUAAUAUUUCUUAUACUUGGAGUGAUUAUUUUAGCAGCAUACAUAAUCCAAGGAAUCAUGUUUGGGAAGUCUGGGGAAGCCCUAACGAUGAGACUGCGCUCUUUGUCCUUCAGAGCAUUACUUCAGCAGGAGAUUGGAUGGUAUGAUGACCAGAAAAAUGCUGUUGGUGUUCUGCUAACCCGUCUUGCUACAGAUGCUUCCCAAGUUAAAGGCGCAACUGGAAGCCGACUUGCACUGAUGACUAUGACUGUUGUUACCCUUGUGACUGCCAUCAUUGUUGCAUUUGUGUACAGCUGGCAGCUGACUUUGCUUGUCCUGGCCUGCAUUCCUUUUGUUGCUGGUGCAAAUGCUGUGAAUGCCAGCUCUAUGGCUGGUCAUGCUGCAGAAGACCAAAAAGCUUUGGAAGAGGCUGGAAGAAUUUCAACAGAAACAGUUGAAAACAUAAGAACUGUAGCUUCACUGACCAAGGAAGAAGCAUUUUAUGAAAGAUAUGUUGCUAGUUUGAAUCAUACAUAUAGAAAAUCUCUGAAAAAAGCCCCUUUCUAUGGAUUUACCUACGGAAUAGCUCAGUGUUCAGAGUACUUUAUUAAUGCAGCAGCCUUCAGAUUUGGAGCGUGGCUCAUUGCUAAUUGUCUGACCAACUUUGAAAAUGUAUUUAUAGUCUUUUCUGCUGUCGUGUUUGCAGCUAUGAAUGUUGGUCAGUCUUCUUCCAUGGCACCAGACUAUGGCAAAGCUCAAGUUUCAGCCCAAAAAAUCUUUCAGCUUUUAGACAGAAAACCUCUAAUUGACAGUUACAGUGAACAAGGUGAAAAAUUGAGCCAUUUUGAAGGCAACAUUGAAUUCAGGAACGUCCAUUUUGUAUAUCCAACAAGGCCUGAAGUUCAGGUUUUGCAAGGACUCAGUGUGAAGGUUAAAAAAGGACAGACUCUGGCAUUGGUAGGAAGCAGUGGCUGUGGCAAAAGCACAUCCAUUCAGCUCUUGGAGAGAUUUUAUGACCCUGUGGAAGGACAAGUGCUAGCAGAUGGAUUUGACACCAAAUCUCUGCAUUUACAAUGGCUGAGGUCCAGGCUGGGUCUGGUGUCACAGGAGCCCAUUUUGUUUGACUGCAGCAUUGCUGAAAAUAUCCAGUAUGGAGACAACAGCAGGGUGGUUAGUCAGGAGGAAAUUGAAGAAGCAGCUAAAGCAGCAAAUAUUCAUGCCUUCAUUGAAAAACUGCCAGAGAAAUAUAAUACCAGGGUGGGUGAGAAAGGAACACAACUUUCUGGAGGCCAAAAACAAAGAAUAGCGAUUGCCCGUGCUCUGGUCCGUAAUCCUGCUGUUCUGCUUCUGGAUGAAGCCACCUCUGCUCUUGACACAGAAAGUGAAAAGGUUGUGCAGAAGGCUCUGGAUAACGCCCGGCAGGGUCGGACCUGCAUCGUCAUCGCGCACCGCCUGUCCACCGUGCAGACAGCCGACACCAUCGUGGUGAUCCACAACGGCAGGGCGGUGGAGCAGGGCACCCACGGCCAGCUGCUGGCAAGGGAAGGACACUACUAUGCCCUUGUAAAUGCACAAGUCUCUAAUUAGUGCUGCUUGCUGAGCUGGCCUUUUUUAUUUUGUUUUGUUUCUUUUGCGGGAAGACAUGAAAAGCUGUGCAGAGGGUCACUGCUGGCUGUGCCUGUGCUGAAUGAGCAGGAACUGUGCUGCUGCCUCGUUGCUGUAUCCAGUGUGGCCCUUGGCCCACACAUCCAUGGGGAUGAGCAGUGCAUGCCCGGUGCUGGGGCACAGAAGAUGCACAGGGGAGUCCUAGAGACUGGAUGACUUGAGCAGUUUGGUGUGCCACAUGCUCUGGAGGGUGUCAGACCUGGUGUAGUCUCACCCACAGCUCAGGUGGGUACCCUGCUAUCCCUGUCCCCCCAAAUCCUGGCCCACACCAGCUGCCAUAGACCAAGGUGGUAACAGAAUGACAGCAGUUAAGCAUCACAGAUGAACAACAACCUGGUGCUUGGGGCUGCUCUUUGAGUUUCUUCACCAGCCAGAUGAAGUCAUAAGGUCUUCUUUAGUUAAAGAUGAUUAUAAAUUCUUAUUGAAAACUGAGAUUUAAAAAAAAAAAAUGUAUUAAAGAGAAGGAUGUUGACUCAUGGGCUUGUUUUUUUCCCUACUUUAUGCCACAUUUCUUAUAUUACUGUGCUUCACACAUUUCUUGUUUGCCUGGAAAGAGAGACAGAGACUAGACAAAGCAAAAGUAAUAAAAUAGGUAUUUACUGAAAGGAUAAACUUUGGGCAGUGCAAGAGCCUGGCCAGGGCUAUACCCAAAUCAAAUCUAAGAUGGAUCCUGGUCACAAGUCUCUACACUUUUGUAAGUUUUGGUUCAUCUACAUAUUGGGGUCAAUUAUCCAACCACAGCCCCAGGCUAUGAAGUCUCAUCUUCCUGGCUUGCCCCCUUUCCCUCACUGUUGUUUAUGCUUUUUGAGCACCAAUUGUCCUUGAUUCUCUAGCUAGACAGGAAUUGUUUUGUCUAACUACCCUUUGAAGAGAAUUUACUAACACCUAAUCUGAAGUUUCAGUGUUACACACUAAGCAGCAGAGAUUCUGAAAAAUAUAAAAGCUAAAACCCAAGGCAUCACUUGGAUAUUAAACACUCUGUUUCAGACAAUAAUUACAAUAGUUACAACCUUUCCAUAUCAAGAUAAACUGCAUAAAAGAUACCAUUUUUUUGUUUAGUAUUUUUUAAAUGCUGACCUAACAGAGUUUAGUCAUUCUUUGUAUCCAUCAAGAUAAUUUUAAAAGUUUUGUGGGAAGCUGGGAUGGCAUCAAUUGGCAUGGCCUUCUGUCAGACAUGCAAACAGCUUUUCUUUAAAAUACAGGGAAAAGGAAAAGUUGUUUUCAAUAUAAGUUCAUUUCUUUUUAGUAGUCAUGGUACUUAGUGCCAUGGUUUAGAAGUGGGUCUGACAGUGUUAGGUUAACAUUUAGACUAGAUCAUUUAAAGGGUCUUUGCCAUUCUAAAUUAUUCUGUUUUCUAUGAAUAAUUUCAAAGAUUUUUUUUUUUAAGUGUUGGCAAGGCUUGUUUAUACAUGUGUUUUAAUAAUUUGUUAUUCCUCUGAUAUAUUCCUCAGGGUGCUGCAAUACAUCCUUUAGCUGUUGAAGACUCUGUAGUCAGAGUGACUCAGCAGCUGGGAUUUUUUGGCUGGUUAAACCAAAUUGCAGCAUUUUAAUUUUCCAAGGCUUUACACGUGGCUUUGGGCUAAGAUUUAUAGCCUGGAGCAACCUGCAGUACUUUAUAAUUUCCAGAUUGCAGCAGACAAACUUACAGUAAUUACCAUCUCCUUUGCUCAUUUCAAUUAUUUUCCUGCAUUAGGACCUACAAGGGGAAUAAAACACACAGAAUGAAAUCUGAUCUCAGGUUUGCCAAAAUAAAUACAGUUGUUCUCCCUCACAGUUUUUCUCAGAGACUGUUUCAAGAGGAAUUUUUAUUCAUUCAGGCACCCCUCUUGUGUGAUCUCUUAAUUUUCUUGUAAUAGGCACAUACUAUGGAGCUGCUGCCCUUAUUACAUUUCAAAUUAUCUAAUGUGGGCUCAAAUUAAUUCCCUUUUCCCUGACUUGUUUCUGCACUGGACUUAAAAUUAUAAGCACUAGAUUUUGAUUCUCAGUUUUGAAAAUAAAAAGGGGAAAUAACUUCAGUGUUCAUUAUCCAUUCAGUUCAGCAUCCAUUACUUUCCAACUUGCUGUGCCUGCCUACUAGCAGACAGAUGGAGCUGGAUGACUUUACUGACUCCAUGUAAUUGCAACCAUGUCCUGGUUCUGGCCAGGACUGGGAGAGCCAGGAGACAGCCUGGUCAGGACCCAAAGGUUAUUCUACACACCUCAUCAUGGCCAGGGGUGGGGCAAUGGAGUUUCUUCUGGGAAGAAGUGGUUCUUGGUCGAAUAAGUGUGGUUUUGUUAUAGAAAUAUAGCAGCUUGGCCCCCAUUUAAGGCCCAUCUGCUGCCUGCAACCAUGGGCACUCUGCCCAGGAAACUUGUCUUUUCCAAGGAGAAACAAACAGCUUACCUAAGGGAGACCAACAAGAAAGCUGGGGAGGGACUUUUUACAAGGAUGUGCAGUGGUAGACCAAGGGGUGAUGGCUUUAAACUGAGAGAGUAGAUUAAAAGCAGAUAUUGGGAAGAAAUUCUUUACAAUGGGGGUGGUAAAGCACUGAUAUGGGCUGCCAGAGAAGAGUGGAUGCCUCAUCCCUGGAAGUGUUCCAGGCCAAAGUGGAUGGGGCUGUGAACUCAGUGGUCUGUGGAAGGUGUUCCUGCCCAUGGUGGAGAGGCUGGGACUGGGUGAUCUUCCAUGUCCCUUCCAACCCAAACCAAACUGUGAUUCCAUGGAGAGCAGAAAAAUUCACACAGUUUAUCUGGAGAUGUGGUUGUGUCUUGCUGAAGCAGGAAAUACAGUGGCAGCUUUUCCAAGGUUUUUCCAAACUCUUCUGUUUCUUAAUGGAUUUGAAUAAUAAUAGAGGAAUGUGGGCUGGCAAUCACUAGAGCUGUAUGCAAACUGCAGAUAAACUUGACAAAACAAUGGAUGAAAACCUGUACUUUACCUCUUUCUGUGUAUCCCUGCUGCUGUAUGUAGACAAACCAGACUUCAGUAAAACACAUCUCCAUGUCUGAGACGUUAAAAUAUUUCUAAGAUUAUCAACAUAGUAAAG